UCGGCUGAACGCACAGAGAUCUUGUAGCCCACCGCACCGCACCGCACCCACCACACCACACAGCAUCGGCUCUGAUCACACUGACUCCAGCUUUAUCCUCACGCUCUUUAGGGGAAAUCCGCACGUCGAUGGAAAAAGGGAGAAGAUGAUACUUUGAAGAGGGUGGACAUGGAAACCCGACGCUGAGUUCCUUUAAUUGUUGACCAUAAGACACCAUGGCCAAACAGUACGAUGUGCUGUUCAGACUCCUGCUGCUCGGGGACUCCGGUGUCGGCAAAACCUGUUUAUUAUGCAGAUUCACGGACAAUGAAUUUCAUCCCUCUCACAUUUCCACCAUCGGUGUCGAUUUUAAAAUGAAGACCUUAGAGAUAGAUGGCAUUAAAGUACGGAUACAGAUAUGGGACACGGCGGGUCAGGAGAGAUAUCAGACCAUCACUAAGCAGUACUACAGAAGAGCACAGGGUAUAUUUCUGGUGUAUGACAUCACAAGCGAGCGCUCAUUCCAGCACAUCAUGAAGUGGGCCAGUGAUGUAGAUGAGUACGCCCCUGAAAAGGUGCAGAAGAUACUUGUUGGGAACAAAUCUGACGAACAUGAGAAGAGACAAGUAGCUACAGAACAGGGAAAUAAGCUUGCCAAAGCUUAUGGAAUGGACUUUUUUGAGACAAGUGCCUUUACCAACCACAACAUUACAGAGUCUUUCACCCGACUGGCUGAAUUAGUAUUACAAGCCAACAAGAAGGAUCUUGAUUUGCUGGGAGGAUCAUUGAAUGACGAGUUGAAUCUGGCUGAUUUGGAGGAGCAGGAAGGUUUGUGUAAUGUUAGCGACGACACUCGAAAGUCCUGCUGGUGCUGAGGACGGAAGGUGACAUGACUACUUCAGUUCAGUUGGAUAUUUACAUUGUAUUUAUUAUUCAUUUCACAAGGUAUGGUAAAAACGGUGUUUGGUGCCUUUAAAUGGCUCAUAUCCUGCUGUCUCUUAUAAAUAUUAUUUAUUUUAUAGUCAGUAUAAAUUAAGAUGACACGGAAUACUUAUAUAUGAAUAUUUUUCAGUUGGAAAAAAUGCACCACAGAGCAACAGUACAUUUAUUUUGUUAUGCUUAUUCAAGCCACAUGUUUAGACUCAGCUAUCUUUUCUUACUGAUCAAAUGUUAAGAAGAGGUUGAUUCAAGUGUGCGACGGCAUUGACAAACUGUCUUACUAAACAAGAUUGUACGCCUAAAGCAGCCAUUUGAAAUCGAAUAUUCUUUCUUGCAUUACCCUGUUGAGCUUCAUAUGAAUAUAUCCAGCUCUCAUUUGACUUUCUAUAGAAUUCUCCCAACUCUAAAACCUUGACCGCAAAUACUUCACCUUUACUGAAUGCUCUUUCAAGAUAAUACAUUUAUUCUUGGGUGACACAUUUAUGAAGCUAGUCUCUCAUGUCGGUGUCACAAUAUGAGCUUCUUUUCACUGUAAAAAAA